AUGAACGUGUACAACGUGACAAGAACGAACUUCACGGGAGCAGCGCACCUGUACGUGCCAGAAGAGCCGCUGUACAAACAGUACAAGCCCCCGAUCAAAGAGCUGGUGCCGCUGCCCAAAGCGGUGAUCUACCUGCUCAUGGCGGCGCUGGUGGUGGUCGGGGUCGCGUAUGCCAUUGUUGGACACCUGAUCAAGGACUUGGCCAUUGACAUAGCAGAAUGCGUUCUUGGUCCACACGGCGAUGAAGACAAGGAAAGUGACACGCAGCCAUGCCACCACCCAUCCAGCCACCCGCCUGUCCACCCGUUUGCCCACAACGCCUUCCAUGUCUGGGACCCAGAAGAUGUGAUGGUGUCCCUGCCCCCGGAAGAGAGCCCCCAGGUCAGCCCUAUGCUGCUGGCAGCCAUACACAUGCCCCACUUCUUCCCAAACUCUCACAGCCCCACAAGCUCUUUGGCCCUGACAGCCAGCCCUGGGGACAAGGACUUUGGUACUCACACAGAAUUUUGA